AACCGCGUCGCCGCCGACCCGUGAAACUGCUGCCAGAACCGCGCGAGGAGGAGCGUCGCCGUUCUGUGGAGCCCGUGUCGUCACCGUUCAGCCCACUGCCGGAGCAGAGACGUGUGAGGGAGGAAGACGCCGCCAGGAGCUUCACGCCGCUGCCACUGUCUGUUGCCGUCUCCGUCGUCGCAGACCCCUUUCGAUGCCACCGUCGUUGAUGAGCACAGUCGCUGCGUCACAUCUCCAAUGCCGUUGAGGGUGGUCAGCCGUCGAUCUAGUCUGAGGGAGAGGGAACGCCUCUGCUGCCAGCUUUGGGGUGUCGUUCAAGCCGCUGCCCAGCCACCGUCAAGCCAAGUCCGCCAUCAGAAAAGGGUUCAGGCUGUCGCUAAUGGGGCUAGCCGGGACUGUUCCACAAUUUUCCCACUCAUUCCGAUCCUGCCCUAUUUUGGUUAAUAUUGUUGUCAUUGUUCUGGCUGCUUCUGCCGUCGCCGGAAAAACACUACCGCCGCCACUGUCGCCGAAAAUAGCCACUGAGUCCUCUGUUUUAUUGCGAGUUGCCGUCGUUCUGGUCACCGACUGUGGCGUUGGUGUUGCCGAAACCGCCACUAGUGCUGCCGCUACUUGGUUCCCUCCACGAAGGUGGCUUGGAGCUGAGAUUGCGGUUGUCGGUGAUUUCGGGUUGAGAAAGAAGGUUCUUGUGACGCGUUUGGGUUACAAUUUUGCGUAUUGAGAAUAUGUUAUGAGCCGAAUGGCUGACUAUGAGUCAUGAAUUUAAGCCGGAUGGCUGAGAUGAAUAAUAAUUUAUGGUUGAGAAUAAAUGCAUAUAUGCUGAGUUAUUGAUGUUGUGAUUGUUGCACUUCCAAUUAUCUGAGAUACUAAUUUUCCUGGGUAAAAGAAGUUGCUAGCCACCACGUGCUCCAAGUUGAGACUCGGUACUUUGCUGACCCUAUGUCGUAAGUGUGGCCGAAUACUGUGAAAGUUCCGGAUGAGCUCGCUCCCGUGAAUAUACACCAGUGAGGGUGUUGGAUGUGAAUUAUGAUUAUGAUUGUGAAUAACUCGAGUUGGGGAUGCACGAUAGAGGGACAGCCAAUGGUUAGCUACCAGGACUUGUCGGGUUGGCUUUAUAACCGACAGAUGAUAUCAUCGGCAACUAGGACAGACAUUCAUCAUAUACAUCUACGUGACAUUGUUUGGGUGUGCAUAUUAUACUUGGUUUGCCUUUGUGAUUACUUGUGAUUACUUGCUAAUUGUUCUACUUGAAGUAACUAUUUGUUUGUGCUUGAACUUUCCUAUGUGUUUGCAACUGAGACUCUGUUAGACUGUGGUGAUUGGUUGUUGUUUGGGUUGUUUGGACCUAGGGCCAUGGUUGAUCAUGAAGUGGGCCGAAGGCCAUGUCUGGUUGAUGUUUCUGGUUUGAAAAAGUAUGAAAAACUAAUUUGGUUCAGCAUAGAUACACCUUUUAAAAGACUUUUAAAUUUAUAAGAAAUGAAUAUUUUCCUCUUUCAAAAAAGAUUUCAGAUACUUUUUAUAGUAGACAUUUGUCUUUGAAAAGAUACAUAAGGCGGUUAUUAAUCACUGUAACGAUUUUAUCUCGCGUAUCCUGUUAUAGUAAUUCUGCAACCCUAUAGUGAGAACCCUUUCGAGAAUGAUGUUCUCACUCCC